AUGNUCAAUUCACUGUAUGGACAAACUGGCAUUGAAUCCAUUGACUACUGUUAUUCACCAGGUCAGUUGCCGCGUGUACGGCAAAUGUGGUAUUGUGUGUGUGAUGUGAAAUUGCCGAUCGCUGAGGAAUACGCCAAGAAGGAAUACUUUGCACAAGGCGAUCGUGCGGAUGAUCAAUAUGGAUGGCUACCACCGGUAACAUUUUCGUUUACUUGA